UGGAGACAAGCACAGACUCUAACCUGCUGUCUAGAGAGCGAACAUGUAUUUGCAUGUAAACUCAACAAGCAUCUCUGCUGACGUUGGAUCUUCAUUUAAGAAUGCAAACUGGAAGAAAUCAAUUUUCCAAUGACAUCAAUAAGUUAAUGUCUUAAUUGCUUCUCUAAGAUGUCGUACGAAAAUCAAUCUCUGUCCAACGUCACUGCUGAAAAGCAGUAUCAGGGAUUACUGGAAAGAGUGUUAUUUUCCACUCUGACUACAGUGCCAUGCUGUGUGUUUCUCUUCAUUAAUGGGACCAUGCUAUUUACCUUAAGGAGUAAAACGGUGUUUCGUGAGACCUCCCGUUAUAUUCUUCUGUACAACCUCCUUUUUGCAGACACUGUACAGAUGGCACUGAGCCAGGUAAUGUACCUACUGGCUGCAUGUAGAAUGACGCUAACGUAUCCUGUGUGUGGUUUUCUCAACAUGCUUGGUGAUCUCACAACUGUGAUCUCCCCUCUCACACUGGUGGUGAUGUCUCUGGAGAGAUAUGUAGCUGUGUGCUACCCACUGAGGCACGCUACCAUCAUCACCAUCAGAAACACAGCAGUGGCCAUCAUUGUGGUUUGGGCCUUCAGUUUACUAAAUGUCCUCAUUCAAGUUCUUUUGAUUUUAGAUUUUCCAUUUGAAGACCUGCAGAGCCUGCAGAUGAAAGAUUUUUGCUCUGACAUAGCCAUGUUUCUUGGCCCAAUAUCUGAUCAUUAUGACAAAGCCUAUACUUGUUUUCUGUUUGUAUCAGCUGGUGUGGCAGUCACUUCUUCCUAUGUUGGUGUGAUGAUAGCAGCCAGAUCGGCCUCCACAGACAAAGCUUCAGCCCGUAAGGCUCGUAAUACACUGCUGCUGCAUCUGGUGCAGCUGGGCCUCAGUCUCUCCUCAACCAUUUACAACCCAUUGCUCAUUGGUCUUUCAAGAAUUGUAACAAGGAUAGUACUUGUGCGCAUCCAGAUUGUUUUUUAUGUGUGUGUUUUCAUCUUCCCCAGAUGUCUGAGUUCUCUCAUUUAUGGCAUAAGAGACCAGACCAUCAGACCUGUCCUCAUGUACCAUCUAUGCUGUCGACUGAAACUCUCAGUCGUCCCAGCCAAGGUUAAGGCUGGGGUGAUUGAGCAAGAAAGAAAUUGAAAACACAGUUUCAUAAUUUUCCUUUAUUUUAACAGGAAUCCUGUUAAAAUAUUAUAAUUAGGAUGUCGAUUUGUUUAAGUUGUUUUCAUUUCACUUUAUCCUAAAAUGUUGUCAGAGUAGUUAUAACUUCUAACAUGUAUUAUUGUGAGACAAGUGCUUGGGGAGGGGCUCACUUCAUGCCUUUAUUGGAUAGGUAACAGUAGAGAGAGAUGAAAAUCAUAUUUCUGAUUCUGAUUCUGAUAUGGUUCAUAAGUGUAAUUGUCAUGGUUUGGGGGUUUUGUUCUGUUAUUUCCUGUUAUAUUUUGUAAUAUUCUCCUCCCUCUUGUGUCUGGUAGUUUUGCUUUUGAUUGUUCUCACCAGUGUCAAUUGGUUUCACCUGUGUCUCGUUGUCUGCCAUACCUGAGUGUAUUUAAGUCUGUGUGUCGCCUUUGUCCAGUGUCAGAUCGUAGCUGUAUCAUAUGCCCUGCGGUCGUGUCCCAGUCCUGUGUUUUUUUCCAGAGUCUCUGUGAUUCUCCCUGUGUUAAUGCAUUACCCAUCUCCCUGUACUCUUUUUGGAUUAUUUUUAGUUUGGACUUGUGUUACUCUUUAUUGGACUUUUUCUUGGGCUUCUCAGUGGCCCUUAGUUGCUUUGUGUUCCUGCUUAGUAAGUAAUAAAGUAAUCUUUCAUUACUUUUA